CUAAACUUUGGGGUACAAGGAGGUUCAGGGUCAAACAAAAUGAGCCUUAAGUCGGUGCAAACCGGGGACGAGGUGUUGAGAAAAGGGCCAUGGAUGCCAGAAGAAGAUGAGAUUCUGGUGGAAUAUGUUCGACAAUUUGGGGCUCGAGACUGGAGUUCCAUUAGAACCAAGGGGUUGCUGCCCAGGACAGGAAAAUCGUGUCGCUUGCGGUGGGUGAACAAGCUCAAACCUGAUCUCAAAAGGAGUGGGUGCAAAUUUUCACCUGAAGAGGAGAAGCUGGUGGUGGAAAUGCAAGCUAAGCUGGGCAACAAGUGGGCCAAGAUUGCCAGCUGCCUACCAGGUCGCACUGAUAAUGAUGUCAAGAACUUCUGGAGCACGAGACAAAAACGGAUCCUGCGAGCUCUGCAACGCCCCAAGAUGCCCUCCGGGAGCACAGAUGCUUCGGCCGAUACAUCAGACCUAAGCAAGGACCCGCAGUCAACAGACUUCGGGGGAUUUCAGAUUCACAGCCCUUCAGGAGCCGCGUCACUAAUUGCUAGCGGCAUGGGCCCCCACUUCAUCUUUGCAGAAGGGGACAACAAAUUCAGGGAUUCCGCCACAGACACCACCCGAUGCCAAAUGCUCCACCAAGUCCACACCUUCAAUUCCAUGGAAGCUGAUGAUGUUUUGAGCAGCCAUCACAAUCUCUCCGACCACAUCCCUGCAGGAGAGUUAGGACUCCGAACGUGCGAGAAGGAACCAUGCACCGGCAUGACCAAGCAGGGCGCCAACAGAAACCCGCUGACCAGCCUCGUCGAGCCGCUCGCAUCUGCCCCGCCUUGCGUCACUAUAGCAUCCCGCAUGACGAGGACCAUCAAGCAGAGGCCGCGCUCGAGAAGGGAGACGCGCUCCACCACAAUCCUCUCGUGCUUCGAGCACCCCGUCGUCGAAACCAGCGACUCCGGCAACGACUCUAAUUCCUUCAAUUCCAUCGCCAGAGCUCCUCAAAGCAGCAGCCCGGCUCACUCAUCCUUCAGCUCUCAGCUCUCACUCACAGACUCAACACUCCCUCAAAGCAACUCUAACACGACAUCCAACAACACCAGCAGCAACAACAACAACUACCUGGAGUUUCUACUGCAAUCCAAUGGCUCCCUGAUGCAGAAUGUACAGAUCUUCUCACCCGAGUUCCCGCUGUUCCUCACCACCAGCCAGCAGUGGGAGAAGCUGCCGACGCUGUACAGCGAGGACGCGAGCUUGUACAGCGGGUGCAACAGCAAGGACGCCGAUUCUUGCAGCCCUGACAGCGUGAUCACCAACUUCACCGCGGAUGUGUUUGAUUCCCUGGAGCCUUUGAAUUCCGCUCAGUCCGAGUGUGUCGCAUUUGUGGGGCGGUUGCGGGGAAGCAGAAGCAGUGGGAGGACUGAGAAGGAAGUGUUAGGUCUGUUGUGGGAGAAGGCGUUGGGUGGUGUUUUUGGGUUUUGGAUUUGA